UUUUAGAUCGGUUUAAUUAAUAGAUUAAAAUGUUAAUAAACCUUUGUCGGGUUUGUGGCAAGAGUAACAUCUGCCCGAAAGCCUUACCGCUUUUCGAACCUAGUAAUCGAAAGCUACUGAGGUAUAUAUAUGAUCUGACUGGGAUUCGACUGCUUUGUCAUUCCAAUUCACCCCACAUGGUGUGCUUCUGCUGCCAGAUGGACAUAAAGACAGCCAAUGUGUUUCGCAGGCAGUGCAUUAAAGUGCAACAGAAAUGGUCGCCGAUGGAGAAGAAAACUGAAGAUCAGACGCCAAAAAUUCGCCGGAGUGUUCGAUGUUCUAGGCGACGACCGGUCUUGCAUUUGCCUGUAGAACCUUUGCAAAUAGUUGAUGUUGUAAUGAAAACGGAAGAUGAAUUCAUACAAGCAACAAGUGUUAACAAUGAGGUUGACCAACUGGCCUGGACUUCCGCAGAACAGGUCACAAUACAUACCGAGGCUAGUCCAGACGAAACCGAUCAUGACAGCUCCUCCAGUUCCGAUAAAGACUACAGUGCACAACCAAAGCUACAGCUCCACAAAUGCAAUCUGUGUGGCAUCGUUAAGAACAACAAAGCAUCGCUAGUGAGGCACAAGUACACGCAUACUGGCGAAAGGCCACAUCCCUGCAAGGAAUGUCCGAAAGCUUUUCUUUCCGGAAACGAACUUCGCGCCCACAUGCUCACGCAACACACAAAGGAACCACCAUUUCCCUGUCGCUAUUGCGAGCGGAAAUAUUUCUCGUCGAUAGGGCGAAAGAAGCACGAACGCGUCCACACAAAUGAACGGCCCUUUGUUUGCGAACAGUGCGGCAAGGCAUUCACCAGAGGGUGCAUCAUGAAGCAGCACAUGCUUUCCCACACGGGACAGAGGAUGUUCAAUUGUGAUAUUUGCAAUCGUUCCUUUACGCUCAAGAAACAUCUUGUCACGCAUUACAUAUCGAACACACAUAAACUUAAUGCUGCAGCGCAAAAGGUUGUGCUCCCUGGGGGAGAAAACUGUGCCAGCAAUAAGCAGCAGAAUACAGAAUUAUAAUUAUAGUU